GCAUCUUCAACAAUGUCUUGCUCAAGAAGCAAUGCCAGCUGAGUGUGGAGACAGUGUCAGAGUGGGCAGUGAAGGAACUGGAUCGGGCUGCCGCUCCCGUGGCGGCAUUCGAGUAUUUCGCAGUGUCAGUGAGUCGCCUCGACACAGUGUCAUCCGUCGCGAAAAGGGAGUCAUACCAGGAGAUAUUGACGUUCUUGGACAAGAACACGAAGUCGUCUGAGCGGGUGGCCAUCCCUCUCAGUGUCAAGGACACCAUCGUCUUGUUCGACUCCAGUGUCGCGGCGCUUGCCGCGAUGCACAUGGUGACAAAAGGCCUGGAUGCUGGGGAAACCAGUGUCGUGAAGAUCAACUUCAGCGUCGACUUCUUGAAGACCGUCAAGUUGAAGGUGGUUCCAAACUCUGCCAGUGUCGUCUCCUACUCGGUGUUGCUGGCAGAGACUCCAGCCGAGCUGGAGCGCAUCAUGACUGGGGCGUUGUCCGUGUCAGGCUUCAUUGGCAAGUUGUCAGUGUCAGAAGGCCCGAACGGGUAUCAGGAUGUGCGUGAGCUGAAGCUGAAGGAUAACGAAAGUAU